GCGCGUUGCCAACGGACGGAUAUAGAAAUGGAGCUGGCAGGAAUCCUAGUUUUAGUGCUGAGUGUUAUCCCUUUGGGCUGUUGGUGUGCUGUUCACGAUGAGUUGCCCCAGUGCGGUUUACACGGUGUCUACAGACAGCGGCAGAGUCUCAUAGAAUCACCCAACUAUCCGGAUAACUAUCCUGUUAACACCUGUUGGGAUUAUGUGGUGCGAUCUCCUUACCGCUGCCCCACAAAGUUUCACAUUCAGUUUCUGGACUUCAAGUUGGAACUCUCGGAGAACUGCAGUCGGGAUUAUUUGGCCAUUGGAUUGAAUAACGAUGGCGAUGAUAUGGAUGUCUUGUGUGGUCAGGUUCUGGGCAUCAAGAAGUAUCACACUCCCGAUGGAAUCCUGCGCCUGCGAUUCUUAAGCGAUGAAUCUCCUUGGACGACAAACGGCGGCUUUCGAUUGCUCAUCACUCGUUUGGCCUGCGAAAGGGAGGAUUUGGUGGCCAGGGGUUUGGAUGAGGAUGAGGAGGAUGUGGAUGUGGACACGGUGCAAGUGAGUGCCAAGUCGCCACCGAAGAAGCUGCAUCAUCACCACUUGCAACAGCAACCUGCACAACAGCAGCCAAAUGAACCGUAUUUUAACUUUACGAAUCCAAAUCGUUUGGGAUUUAACUUGGGAUUGCCUUCUGGUUUUGGUUAUCCUGCUGGAUUUUAUCCUCCACCUACAGGCUUACCUCCUCAGGCAUAUCCACCACCUACAGGCCUACCUCCUCAACACGCACCGCCUUGUUUGCCCCAACAACAGCAACAACAAAUAUUGCAGCAACAGCAGGAGCAACAGCGAUUCCUGCAGCAGCAACAUCAGCAAUAUUUGCAGCAACAGCAACUUCUGCAGCAGCAACAAUUGCAAAUUCCACAGCAGCAACAACAGCAGUUGCAACAGCAGAUCCUGCAGCAGCAGCAACUGCAGCAACAGAUCCUGCAGCAACAGCAACUCCACCAGCAACAUCCGCAGCAACUUCAACUGCCGCAGCAGCAACAGCAACAGCAAGAGUUGCCCCUGAUUUCCGAUCAGUAUCAAACGACGUCCUUUCAACCGCACACUGUAACCCUCAAGGAUUACGAUUCGCAGACUUUGCAGCAGUUCGGUGGUCAGGUGGAUCUCUGCUGUGCCAGCAGCUUCAACCAGAAUCACUUCUACCUCUCAAGUCCUGGAUUUCCAAGAACUGUUUUCAACUACUUGCUGCCCAAUCAGCAAAGGGAUUGUGUCUUCUACAUUGAAAAGAGUUCUCCGAAUGUCUGUCGCUUGAGGAUACAGUUCAAGUUCUUUGAUCUUGGACAGAAUUCAGGAGGUGCUUCGAUUGGAGGAAGUUUUGGCGGGGGAACCGGAGGAGGAGUUCCUGGAGGAGGAUUCCCUGGCGCCUUUGGAGGUCAACACACCUGCAAUGGCGACUUCCUGGAAAUAGAUGGCCAGCGAUACUGCGGCUGUCGUUCGGGAUAUGUCCACAAAUCGCAUUGGGAUCAGGGUCGCAAGGCGUUGCGCAUGCGAAUUGGACAAUCGAGUAGCACCACAUCGAAUGGCUUUCUGCUUGAAAUAUUCCAGGAUCAGGACUCCGAUGGCUGUCGACAGGAUGCAGGUUCUGGAUUCGGAGUGGGCUUGCAAGCGCAGCAACCUCAAAGAGGUUUGGGUUUGUGGCCCCAAGUGGGUUUGCAACCACAAUUGGGAUUGCCGCCACAAACACCUCAGAUAUGGCAGCCUGGAUAUCCUGGUUAUUUAGGUGGUUAUCCUGUACCUUUUCCGGCAACUCCUUACCGAACAACUAGAAGGAUUUCCUUUGCCCGUGGAAUCGAUGCCCAGCAACCUUCGAGGAUUGUGGAAACAAAUUCAACCCGCAAGGAAUUUUAUUACUUCGAUGGCGAUGAGGCCUUCGCACGCUCAGCUUUGGAUGAUGGGGAUGAGGACAAGGCUCAUGUGGGGGUCACAACCCAACCACAGUCAGUGUCUCAACCCAAGAUUGAUUCGCCAGUGGUUACGAAAGCCUUCGAGCAAAGCAGUUGCUCCUUCGAUUAUAUGGAGGUCCUUAAACUGUCUGUCGACUCUCUCUGGUUGACAAAACCCUUGUGCUUCUCGCCUCUGAGAAGCUGGUUUCCCAACAUAUUUGGCUAACUAAAUAAACAAUAAUUUUAUGUAGCUGAAUUUUGUUUAACAAUGUGAAAAAACUACUGA